GUCAGCUUUGUUGUGGUUUCUUGUGAUUUGUUUUGUGAUUUUUAAGUUUUAUUGACGAAAAAGCGAUUUAUUCUCUCAAAUAUAUAAAUUAUAAACAAAAUGAGCUCGCUGCAAGAGCGCUUGCAGCAGUUCCGCGCGCCGAUGGACGCGUGGAGCACGCGGGAGCAACUGUGCCUCGCGUCUGCGGUGCUGCGUAGCGGCGACCAGAACUGGAUGUCCGUGUCUCGAGCCCUGAAGACUGCGGGCGAGGCGGGCCGGCCGCCGGACUGGUACUCACAGAAGAGUUGUGCAGCUCAAUAUGGUGCCCUACUGGAGAAUGUUGAAACACCAAAACGCAAGAAACGCAAUUCCGAGGGUGCUGUGGAGACUCCCCAGGAGAGCAUCCUGAAGACCCUCACUCAGCAGCGCAUCCAGGAGAUACAGAACACGCUGCAGGAGAUGAACACACAGUAUGAACAGAUCAAGAAUGAAAUCACUGAAGUCCGUAACCCAGCCACACCAGAUGAGAGAAUCCAGGAACUCUGGGCCGGUAUAGAAGCAGCGAAACGCGCGCGCGAGAGAGAGAACGCGAAGCGCGCCGCCUGGCUGAAAGAGCGAGAGGAAAGACGCGCAAGGAACGAGAGAGCGUGGCGACCGGCGCAGACUCCGCCCCCCACUACAGGUACUCCGGUAACGCCGUCUUCACCACUGCUGACGUCACUGCUGAAGUCUUCGCCGGUGGUCACCACACCACAGCACAUACCACACCCCGCGACCAUAGUUGAUUCUGUGUCGCCGUCGGCUGGCGCGCCUACUCUUUCUCUGUUACUGGAGCAAACAGGCCAUGCUCAAGAGAGCAAGCACGCUGCCAUAGAGCAUAUCAAGAGUCAACUGGUACAGAUUGAGCACCAACUCAAAGCCAACUCCCAACCACAGCAGAGCCAGCCAGCGAUGCAGCCGGUGCCCACAGUGGACAUCGACGACAUCGAGAUAAAGGCUGAGGAUGUGUAUGCAUUCCGUGACGUCGACAUACAUAUACCGCCCGUCACCACCAUGCACAAGACUCCAGUCAGGGUCAUAGAGAAACCAUCGCCAAAGAAAGAGAUUGAAAUACCUGCACAGGAACCAGAGGUUAUUGAACCACCAGUCGAGAUUAUCAAGGAAGAACCAGUUGCUGAAGAAACAAUCAACGAAGGAAUCUCAGCUCCAGAAGAAAUGGAAGUAGAUGAGACGCCCAUGCAGGAAAUGCCGCCAGAGGAACUCCUGUCGCCGCCGAAACCGGAAGUUAAGACCACGUUCCCGGAAGUCAAAACCACGUUCCCGGAAGUCAAGACCACGUUCCCGGAAGUCAAGUUCCCGACGCUCGAGAUCAAAAUAAUACAUCCCGAAGAACCCAAGAUGCAGAUAAAAGAAGAAGUAAAAGAACCAGAAGUGCCAAAAAUCAUAGAAGAGAAGAUCGUAGAAGAGCCAAUACAUGUAGAAGAGAAGGUAGAAGAAAUAGUCAUGCCUCAAGAAGAUGAUAACGUUGUAGAAGAAGCAAUCACAAUCGAAGAACCACCGAAAACCGAAGAAGCAACCGUAGAGAUAACCGAACAACCGCAGCCGAGACCGCUGACACCGCAACCAGAACCGCAACCGCAACAGCUGCAACCGGAAGCGUUACAACCGCAAAUAUCGCAACCGCACACGCUCCAACCGCAAUCGCCGCAACCACAAACGUCGCAACCGGAAAUGUCGCAACCGUAUACGUCGCAACCGCCGUCGCCGCAACCAGAACCGCAACCGCAGGUUGAAAUACAACUGCUAACGGAGGAAGUAACCGUUAAUGAAAUACCUGAUCCUCAAGAUAUACCUCUCCCACCGGACUUAGAACCCACACAGAAGGAGCUGGAAGCCCUAGAAGAGAUACAGCUGCCACCAAACUCGCCUCUAAAAGAAGAGUCGAUACCCACAGAAGAUGACCUCACAGAAGAGAAGAUAGAACAGCCAAUCCCAGAAGAGGCAGAGAAGGUAGAAGUUAUUACAGAAGAGCAGAGCGUAGAGGAUAAAGUUCUAGAAGAUAUGAAGAAGGAUGAAGAUGCUGAGGACUCCAUCCCUCUAAAAGAGAUGAUAAAAGAGGGCAGUCAAGAGGAGGCGAAGACGGAGAGGGAGGGCAUAGAAGAGGACACACACACCGAGACAGAUGAUGAUACACCUAUGGAGCUGAGCCGCGAGGAAGACAAGGAAGGAAAGAAGAGAAGAGAUUACUCUCGCAAGAAGAAAUCUGAUUCACGAACUUGUUCGGGGUCGGAGAGCGCGCCGGAGUCGCCCAGCGCGAGCGACGCCGAGCGGCAACACAGGUUGUGGAGGAAGAGUGUCAUGCUUGUCUACAGCAGGCUCUGCGCACAUAAGUACGCGUCUUUAUUCCUAAGGCCAAUAACAGACGAGGAGGCGCCCGGCUACAGCAUCGUGGUCAAACGACCCAUGGACCUGACCACUAUUAGGAGAAACAUCGACGCUGGUGUUAUAAGAACGACGGCGGAGUUCCAGCGCGACGUGCUUCUAAUGUUGUCCAACGCGUUGCUGUACAACUCCAGUUCUCACAGUGUAUACUCCAUGGCGAAGGAGAUGCACGAAGAGGCACAGCUGGCGCUGGGCAUGCUGUUGGCUGCGCAGGCGCACGCCGGCCUGUGCGCCGCGCCGCCGCGCCGCAAGCGACGCCUCGAGCCGCACGCACACAAGCGACUCACACACUAGACCGCACCACGCCACUGCCAACGCUAUAGCUACUACGCCGUCAACGGCUCAGAAAGGAGAAUGUUGGUUUCACCAUUUAAUUCAUAAGCAAUGAGAAUGUAUUAAUUAAGUUUGAUAAAUGA